AUGACCUCUUUCUUGCUUCUUCUUACUCGCUCCCCGCCUUCCUCACCCCCUCCUUCUCAUCCCCUCCUUCUCACCCGCCCCUCCCCUUCUCACCCCGUCCUUCUCAUCCCUCACUCUUUCCCCCCCCCGACCCUCUUGUCGCCCCCCUUCUUCUCACCUCGCACCCCCCUCCGCCUCUCUCCGCCUCCCCCUGGCAGCAUGGCUGCUGGAGAUGAGCGCGUGUGGGUGCAGCCACGCACUGCCCCUGCCGCAGCUGGCAACGCAGCGCCUGCAGCACCUCCUGCAGCAAUGCCUGCAGCACUGCCUGCACGUGCUCUCAUCCAGCAGCAGCAGCAGCAGCAGCAGCAGCAGCAGCAGCAGCAGCAGCAGCAGCAGCAGCAGCAGGCGAAACAUCAAAGAAGGCAUCAGGCAGGGCAGCAGGCGGGGCAGCAGGCGCGGCAGCAGGCGGGGCAGCAGGCGGGGCAGCAGGCGGGGCAGCAGGCGGGGCAGCAGGCGGGGCAGCAGGCGGGGCAGCAGGCGGGGCAGCAGGCGGGGCAGCAGGCGGGGCAGCAGAGCAGCAGGGCGAUCUGA